AUGGCGAGUUUAAUCGAGAAGACGUGCCAAAUAGAAGGUCUUCUGGAUGGGGGUGAAGAACAGGGCAACUACGGCAAUAGACCCAACAAAAAUAUAUUCAAAAUAAGACAAAAACAUACAACAGCAGGGAUUCGCUGGUGGUCACCCACCCAACUACUAACCUGCCGGCGUGUGGCUUAA